GCAGGGGAUUGGGGGGGAAGGAAAAAGGGAGUAGAAGGAAAGGAAAGGGACAGAGAGCCUGGGGGAACACCUAGACUAAAGUUUGGUUCAGUGAUAAGAAUAAUGAGGCAGUAAAGGACAAUGAGAAAGAGGAGUCAGACAGGUAGUAGGGAACCAGAGAACUUGGAUGGAGAGAGCAUUGAAGUAAAAAGUAUGGUCAACAACAUAAAAUGCAGAAGAGAAGGUUGAGAAAUUUGAAAACAGAAAAGACCCUCAGAUUUGGCAACUUUGGAGAGAGCUGUUCCGGUUGCUGAUGAGGUUGCCAGCCAGACUGCAAAGAUUUAAGGGGCAAGAGGAAAGUUAACAAUGAGAAUCUGUCCCUUUGCUUAGGUUUAAGAUGCAGCUGUUGUGGUAGGAAAUCUGGUCCAGCAAGCCCCCAGCGCCCCCUUUUUACUUUCCCAGCCCGGAGGCACUGUUUUUUGACUGGAGCUUUCAACAAGUGGUUCUUCCAGAGAGGUCAGUUCUGGGGAAAGGAGCAAGAGUCCCAGGAUGCACCGCGGGGGUCCAGCAACAGCUGUCGUGGGCAGAAGGACUUAAGUGGGGUCUGAGCCGGGUGCAGGUGCUGAGGACUCAGGCGGAGUCGGAGCGUAGGCGGGAGCCGGAGUCGGGCCGACCGGGAGGCAGACAGAGUUAGAGCAGGAGCCGGAGCCGGAGCCGGAGGCAGAGUUAGAGCAGGAGCCCGAGCCCGAGCCGGAGCCGGAGCCGGAGCCGGAGGCAGAGUUAGAGCCCGAGCCGGAGCCCGAGCCGGAGGCAGAGUUAGAGCCCGAGCCGGAAGCAGAGUUAGAGCUCCAGCCGGAGCCGGAGGCAGAACCAGGUGGAAGGACUUUGCGAGAGCAGUAGCAGCCCAGCCAGGGAGCCUGAGCGCGGGCCGGCUACUCUCUCAACUCCUUCUUGGGACCGGAACCGCGGCCAGCCUCCGGGACGCGGGACUCCCGGCCUUCCUCGCAGACUGGCGACUGCAUUGCAGGAGGGAGGAGGGAGCGUGGGCGAAGAAGGGUGCAGACUGUCCCAUUCCCCUCCGCCCAGUCUUGGGGGGAGGGGAGCGGGGGCAGAAGCCGCUGCGUCCUCGGACUCGGGAAGCAGACGAAAAAAUCAUGGCCAAAGCGACUCCUGUUAAGGUGUCUGUGACAUUUGAUGAUGUGGCUGUAUAUUUCUCAAAGCAUGAAUGGAAGAAACUGGAAUGGUCCCAGAAAGAACUUUAUAAGCACGUGAUGAAGACUAAUUAUGAAACCUUGAUCUCUUUGGAUUAUACUAUUCCCAAACCAGAGUUGAUAUCCCAUAUUGAACAAGGAAAGGAACCAAUUUUCAAGAAUAGAGCAAAUUUGAAGACAAGUGUGAGAACAAUUCAAUCCGGCACUGAUGAACUGCGUAACUGCAACAACAUUCAGGAACAGCAAUCUGGUAAUGAUCAGCUACAUAACUUCAACAGCAUUGAGGAAGAACAAUCUAUCCUUGGAAACCAGAGAAAAGCAAAGGAACGCCAUUUUGGUGAUCCUAAAACCCAAAACUUAUCUGGAUCUUCAUCAUUAAAAAAUAGAAAUAUUUUCUGCAGACCUAACCAAAGAAACACUUUGAGAAACUUUUCCUCUCAAAAUACAGAGCCUUCAAUACCAGAACCCAACAGCACUAAGGGAUCCACUGAGAGGUUGGAUGACUCCCGGGGGAAUGUCAGUUGCCAGGAAGCCCCCUCUGGACAUAGAUUCUAUCCCUGCCAUGUGUGUGGGAAAAGCUUCCAGUUCAAAAGUCACUUGGUAAAACACCAAAGGAGCCAUACAGAUAAUCAAUGCAAGUGCCCAAAGUGCAAGGAGAAAUUCGGCAAGCAAUCUGACUGCAGACAGAAAGGAAAGAACAAAAAAAAGAGAAGGAACAGAAAAAGAAUCUAUGAGUGCAGUGAGUGUGGUAAGAGCUAUUGCUUGAAGAGGAACCUGAAUGCCCAUCAGCGUAAACACAAUGGGGAGGAUUUCUUUCAGGGAUCUGAAAGGAAUAAGAACUUCACACGGAAGAUCAACCUAAAGAGGUCUGACCGCACACUCAGCAGGAGGAAUGUCUUCACUUGUAGGGAGUGUGGGAAAAGCUUCUGCCAGGAGUCUUAUCUGCGAACCCAUCUAAGCCUGCAUAAGGAGGAAAAGCUAUUUAUCUGUGGUGAGUGUAACAAGUGCUUUUCUUAUCAGUACAAGUUCAUUGAACAUAUCAGGGUUCAUACUGGGGAGAAGCCCUUUCAAUGUACCAACUGUGGAAAGAGCUUCCGCCUAAAGGUUAAUCUGAAGAUCCACAUGAGCCUGCAUAAUGGGAUUGAUCCUUACCGCUGCAGUGAGUGUAAAAAGACCUUUGCUCACAAAUCAAGCUUGGUUAGACACGUCAGAAGACUUCAUAGACUGGAUAGGCCUUUUAAGUGUCCCGAGUGCGACAAGACCUUCAAAAGGAAGACGACCAUGAAACUUCAUUAUAGCCUGCACAAAGGGGAAAAGCCAUUCCCUUGCACAAAGUGUGACAAGUGCUUUAGCCAACAAAUUAAACUCACAGAACACCUGAGAGUCCACACUGGGGAGAAACCUUACCGGUGUCCUGACUGUGGCAAAAAAUUUCGCCUGAGGAGAAGUAUGGUGGCCCAUCAGAGUGAACACAAUGGCAUGAAGUCCUUCAUCUGUGGGGAGUGUGGCAAGAGAUUCCUCAUGCAAUACAUGCUCACAGAACACUUCAGGGUCCACAGUGGAGAGAAGCCCUUUCAGUGUGGUGAAUGCGGUAAGAACUUUACCAGAAGAACUAACUUGAAUGCCCACAUGCGUAUCCAUACUGGACAAAAGCCCUUCUCCUGUAGCCAGUGUGGCAAAUGUUUCCCCCAUCAUUCUAAGCUCGCUCAGCACCUUCAAGUUCACAACAAGGAAAAAACUUUCCAGUGUCCUGAAUGUAAUAAAAGUUUUCGCCAGAACAGAAGUCUGAAGGCCCACAUGAGCCAACACAGUGGGGAGAAGCCUUUCACUUGUAAAGAGUGUGGCAAAAGCUUUGCCUUGCAGCAUGUCUUCAAUGAACACGUCCGGGUUCACAGUGGGGAAAAGCCCUUUCAGUGUCCUGAAUGUAACAAGUGUUUCUAUAGGAAGACUACCAUGAAGGUCCAUCAGAGCAGACAUCAACAGAAGAAGUCAUACCCAUGUCCCAAGUGUGAUAAAUGUUUUUCCCAGCGUUGUGAACUCACUGAACAUGCUAAAUCUCACCAAAAAAAAGAGGCCUUCCAGUGUUCUGAAUGUGACAAGAGCUUUUCUCAGGAAAAAUCUUUGAAAGUCCAUGAAAAUCUGCACAAAGGAGAGAAUACACUUUCCUGUGAUCAAUGUGGUAAAAAUUUCACCCGCAAGUGUGAACUAAGUAGACACAUCAAGAUCCACACUAGGAAGGAAUCUUUCCAGUGUCCUGACUGUAAAAAGAGCUUUGUCCAUAAGUCAUCCUUGAGGGCUCACCACCACGUACAUAAGAAGGAAAGACCGUUCUUGUGUUCUGAUUGUGGCAAAAGCUUUGCUUAUGUGGGUGCAUUCAAUACCCACACUGCAGCCCAUGCCAAGGAGAGAGCCAAGACUUCUAGGUCAGAGAAGAAUUCCAGGUCAGAAGUGGUACCCAAUAGUGCCAGCUCUUUGGAGCAAUAAUCAGAUGGGUGGAUAGUUCAGAAGAAAUAAAAGACUGAUUAGAUUUGAAAAAUCUGAGAGACCAUAAAGUACCUUCCUUCUAAAGCCUUAUUGAAGCCUCUCUUUGCCCUUUCCUAACAAUAAUUUUUCAUUUGAGUUCACAUUGCUCUUAUUGAUUCCUUUAGUGCCUUCUAAAGGUGUGAACAAUCCUUUACCCAUUUGAUCCUUCUUUCUUCCUCUCCUCCAGGAAUUUCAUAAUCUUAUAUGCAUCUUAUAUACUAAAAAAGACCAGGAAUGAGGACAUAUGAAGGGGUUGAAACUGUCCCUUACAAUGAUACAGUCUCAAUUUCCCUUUUCUAGAAUUCUUUAUUUAAAUUUAACAGGAUCUAUCCUAUAAAUUAAUAAUUGUUUAAUAGGAAACAGAUUUCUGGAAAAAAGUUCUAUGAGUUAUUUUUUUUUAAGUAAUGACAUCAUCCUAGAUUUUAGGAUAGUUAUCCUCUUAAGUCUUAAAUAUUCCCUUCAGAGUUGUAUUAAAUCUUUCUACCAGGAAAUGACAUUGUUGGUGACAAACAGGCUUUACAUUUAAUUCCAGUUUACUUCCACAGGUAUUUAUCACUUCUGAAAAAUCUGUUAGGAUCACUAAAGAAAAUCCCAGAUGGAAAAAAAAAAUUCAAUAAAACCUUAGCUACUUUUUGUUCCUUUGUGGAGUCCAACAUUAGUGCUUUUGAAUACCUUGUGGCAUAAACUACCAUAGCAUGAGUUGUUGUUGUUAUUUUAAUGGUAAAUGGGCUUAAGGAACACACCUACUUGGACCUAUGUAUUCCAUAGAAAAAUUUUCUUAAGAAUGGGCAAAUAGAUAAAGCUUUACUUUGGUGUUCAUUUUUGAACAUUCUCAAAAGACUUAGAAUUUUGCCACCUGCUGUAUUUUCUUAGGCCAGAAGAAAUUUAGAAACUGCCUUUUGAUUUUUAAUACCUGGAUUAUUUAUCAAUAUGUAUAUUUAAUAUAUAUAUAUAUUUAUAUAUAGGUGCAUUGUGCAUAUAUAAAGAUCCUUAUACAGAUGUAGCUUUAUUUUGAUAGAUAUAUUUCUACAUACAGUAAACAAUGACCAAUUCAACAAUCCUUUUAUGUGUUACACAUUUGUUUCUGGAGUUUCCUUCAUAACACUUAGUUAAGUUUGAAAAGUUUUCAUAAUCUGCUGCUUUCCAAUUAUUUGCUCUUUUGAAGCCCACAGUUACUGAUAAAGCUAACUUGAGAUUGUUGAUCAAAGAUUAUACAUUACUUUUCCUUAUAAAUUUCUUGAAAUUUGGCCUCUGCUUUUUAUUUCUAAAGAGAUAAAUCUCUUCUCCCCAUAUUUUAAAACACAUUUGAACAGAACUGUUUUAAAAUUAGGAUUUUAAUAGUGGUAAAAAGAAAAAAUAUAGAUAAAAGAUGUAAGAAUUUCAUUGGAAAGAUCAAAAAAGUUUGUUUGGACCAAACUAGAAAUAGCCUAUAAAAUUUUCAAUCAGUAAAUAUUUACUGAAUUUCUAUUAUGUACAAAGGACCUUCCUCUAUCCCCAGUUAGCUUUUGGUUAUGUGGGUUAUAGCCGCUGAUGUGUUCUAUAGUAGGAAUUAAAUUGCCUUAGUAUUAUUAUGCAAAUAAUUUUGACUUUGAGAAUCUUGGAAAGGGGUCUCCAGUCUCCAGGAUUACUGGACCACAGUUUGAAAACUAUUGCUUUAGAUGAUCUUUUAAGUUCCCUUCCUAGUUCUAAAUCUGUGAUCCUACAAUUAUACCUUUGAGGAUUUUUUUUUUUUAAGCCAAAGUGACAAUCAUUAUCUUAGAAAGGACAAUAAAAAUAGACUUGGUGAAGAGAAAGAUACUAUUUUAUGCUCAAAAGCAUUAUAGUUAAUGAGUGAUACUACUUAUGAACAUUUAAAAAAAAAAUCAAAUAAAUUAUAAGACCUAAAUAGAAAGACAGUAAUUAUUAAGGCCUUUCAGAUUUAAGUAAUUCUUUUAAAGAAAUAAAGAAAUUAUAAAUAUGAACACAUUUUUUCUUUCAAAAUCUAGAAAUAACAGCUGUUUGGAGAUUAGUGAAUGGUAAUCUCAAGGAGUAAACCUGUUUUUAGGGUAUAAUCUGCAAUACUCUGCAAAAAUUUAUCAUGUUAUGAUCAUGAUUGGCAUGAGGAAUUCAUAAAUAAAUGCAAGGAAAAAAAGUGGAUGAAGAAUAUCUAUUGUUCAAACCUAGUAUAUUGAUGGACUUUAUUCAUCAAUCUGGAAUAAACAUCACAAAUGGAUUAUCGAAGAUAGAGAACAAGUCAAAUUAUUGUUGGAAAAUAGCAAAGUUAUAAGGACCAAAAGCUUCUCCCUGAAAUAGAUGCCAUUUCAGGUGAUGUAUGGAUGAAAGUCAUGGACAUGAACAAUCUCCAAAAUCAGUUGAAGAUCACCUAAAGGGCAAUAGAGAAGAACACAGUGGACAUGAGGAGGCUACAACAUAUUAUGAACCAGGAGUUACUCAAUGGAAGUGGUUUAACAAAUGUCAUUUAAAAAAAAGUCUGAUCAGAUAAAAGAUGAGCCAGUCACAUAGCAAGAGGAAGGAACAACCAGGGGAUGCACCCAUAGACUCUAUUUUGUUGUCCAGCAUAUUGGGAUCUACUAUUGUUGUGCAAUCAGACCAGUGUUUUAUAAGGUUUUCAUGUUUCAGUGGUGAAGCUGUGUGUAUAUCUCUGCCUUACAUAUGUAUGUUAAUUUGAUUUAGAGAUAAUUGUCUCUUUUUUCCCAGUAAUGGAAUCAAAAGGCAAAUGGAUAUUUGCCUUCAGCACUAUAUGCCUUAGUAUCAUUAUCUGUUAAAAUGAGGGAGUUGAAUUCAAUGACCUCUAAGGUCUCUUUAGCCCUAAAUUUAUAGUUCUAUGAAUUCAGAAAAGAAGAAUUUCACUGGAAGAACUCUCUGAUCAUUCUGAUUAAAGGGCAAAUAAAAUCUUUUUUCAUUUUAUUAUAGUUAAACAUUUGUAAAAUCUCAGAGAAUUUUACCAGACUUUUCUCCCAAUGUCUGGUCAAUAGUUGAGAAGAUUUAUUGUUGAGAAGUUAUUAUAGUUGAGAAGAAUUACAUAGGCCACUGUAAAUUUGUUUAUCAAUAUCUGAGUUUGUGUGAAGAAUUUUUUCCAUAUAAGAAACUAAAGGAUAGCUGAAGUAUUUUUCUAAACUUAUCUCUAUAUUUUACAUUUUUAUUUUAUUUAUUCUAUAAGCAUGAUUGUGAUAUUAAUUUGAUGCUCAAAAAUUUUAAAAAGCUAGAAAAUGGUCUUCAAUUUACUAAUUAGAGCUAUUUCAUCAUUUUUAAAAUUCAUAUUUAUUUCAGUUGCAUAUUAGGACACAGUGUUUUGAUGAGAGAAAGUUCCCUAUGUAGGGUGGGAAUUCAGGAAAUGAAUUAAUUAUUUAGACCGUUCCCUGGAAAGAGAUAAUUUUAUUCUAGAUUUAAAAAAUGGAAAUGUUAUUUCAAUAACCCAGAAGAGCAAUGAGAGCUUUAGAUAGAAAUGGGAAAAAGCUAAAAGAAGUAUGUUUGGAAGCAAAAGUAACAAGUUUUAUUUAUAUGUCUGUGAAACAUUCAAUUUGAAAUGUCAAAUAGAUGAUGAUACAAUGGCCUCAUUCUUUUAUAUAUCAAGAAGAAGAUGAGUAAUUGUAAGUUUUGAUCUCAGGUUAUAUAAAGACUAAUACAAAAUUCACAUUUUUUUUUGCAAGUCUGAACUGGAGAGAAAAUAAAUUCUAUUAAGCAGUUUUGAAUUUUGAUAACAGAAUUGAGAGAUAUAAUAUAGCUGCAAGUAUUCAUCCGUAUAUAGGAGACUUUGUAUUUAGAUAGUGAUGUUUGUAUUACUAUAUAUAUAUUUCUAUUGCAACAGUUUGGCUUAUUAAAGGUUUAAUAACAUAUAUAUUUGCACUUACAGACACAGAUAGGUAUAUUAAUAUUUAAAUAUAUUAUAUAUAUUUAUAAAUUUUUGCCUACCUACUGCAUUCCUGAACUUUUUAAGGAACCUCAAGUUGCUUGUCUAUCCUUCCCCACAGUUAUGUGUAUGAGACAAUCAGCAACUGAAUUGACAAGGCCAUGUUAAAUAGCUAUCUUUACAUGUAUGUUGUGAGUGAUAUAUUUGCUAGGCUAAUCAGAAGCCAGACCAAAUCUCUUUACUAAUUCCUAUUUCCUUCCCACAUAGUGAUAUCCAAAGACCCAGAAGCCAAGAAAAAAUUGCACUUAAACCUUAUCAGUUAAAAUAUUGGCAAACUCAAAUUGGGAAAAAGAAAGCCAGCACUAGCACUCUAAAAAGCUGACCCCCCCCCAAAGUACAAAAUCACAAAGAUGUAGCUGUUGUGUAUGCUGUCUCACAGAUGUUCUGUGCCUUGUGUCAUAGUUCACUUUAAUGAAGGACCAGCCACUAUGAUAUGUGUCCUUGAUGUUGUGCUGAAUUAAAAUAAAGACAAUACGAAUAUUGCUUUCAUUUCUAAGAUGAUGAGGUACAUGAUUUUUCAGUGAAGUGUAGAAAAUUAGAAAUGAGUGGUCAUUUCCAUUAAUCUCAUAUGCCUACCUACUACAAAGCUAAAGCCUCUCAACAACUAUUUUAAUGCAAAUUCAGUGAGAUUCAGGAUACCAAGGUCCUGUGCAAGAAUAAUGGGGCCAUGGAGCUAGGGAAAUGGCAUAGAACUGCAGAGGAUUUGUAUGGACUGGCAAGUGCCUAUUGUUAAAUAUUCAGUAUGAGCAUUUCCAUUUCAGAAAUUGGCAGGACUUGAUUUAUUGUAUUGUUGAUUGUCUAAAUUUAAGAAUGUGAUGGAGAAAAUGUUAAUAAUGCAGAUUAAACUGAAAAGUGUGUUGUACGUACAUAAAUAGUUGUUAAAUGUGUAACAGCAUCCCAUUAGGAUAAUCCACACUGCCUUUCCUCCCUGCCCCACUCUACCAAGUUCUUCUGGUCUUUGGGGAAAAAAAAACAAACAAAAACACGUAAGUGAAUGGGAUAAAUUGAGUGAAGACCUCUCAUAAGAAUGUGGCCUUGACCACCCUAAUUGUGACUUGAGACUUUGUGGUCACAAGUUGAGCUAUAGCUAAAAGCUGCAGGUGUUUAAUUAUUUUAGAUAAAUAUUUCUCCCAUCUCUCCCCACCACACAUCUUUUCAUUAACAUUUAAAUACCUAAUAAGUAAAAUGCAUUCUGGGGUUGAUAUUUAGUCUCUAGGUAAAUUAGAACUCGACAGCCAAUGGAAGAAAAGGUCAGAAGGGGGAGUAAUAGGGGUUUCUGGUUAAGAUCUAUAUAAUCCUGUAUUUGCAGCUUGUGCUUUGCACUUCUUUACUUACCCCUUGUCUAUUGGGAGUUGCCUUUUCUUGUGAAAUCGCAAUAAAUUCUUUUUUGCUUUUUA